UGAAGAAAUGCGUAAUGACGCACGCACGCACGCCAUUUCAUGACGUCAGGCGCACAGGAACGUAUCGUGUGCGUUAAAGCUAACAACAGUAGCAGCUAACUGGAGCUAAUUCAGCUUUAUUUCUACCUCACAAGACACGUUUUCCAUAUUUUAAUCGCAAUUACUUUGCGCUUUUAGACUACCGGUCUUCAAGAUGUCGUACAUGCUCCCACAUCUCCACAACGGCUGGCAGGUCGACCAGGCCAUCCUGUCCGAGGAGGACCGAGUGUUGGUGAUCCGCUUCGGACACGACUGGGACCCGACGUGUAUGAAGAUGGACGAAGUGCUUUACAGCAUCGCAGAAAAGGUGAAGAAUUUUGCUGUCAUCUACCUGGUGGAUAUCACAGAAGUGCCUGAUUUCAACAAGAUGUACGAGUUGUACGACCCCUGUACUGUCAUGUUCUUCUUCAGAAACAAACACAUCAUGAUCGAUCUGGGCACCGGAAACAACAACAAGAUCAACUGGACGAUGGAGGACAAGCAGGAGAUGAUAGACAUUAUUGAAACAGUGUACCGAGGAGCGAGGAAAGGAAGAGGUCUGGUGGUGUCUCCAAAGGAUUACUCUACAAAAUACAGAUAUUGAUUUUCUUGUUAUUUUUUUCUUUAUUUUUUCCCCCCUCAUUGACACUUUGUGACAUGGCAGAGAGACGACGGCAUGGAUUCAGUUUUUCAGCAUUUCUUUUUUGCCGCUCUUGGCCAUUUGUGUGUCGGUUUCAAAUUUACUUGAUUUCUUCAAUUUUUUUUUUUUUUUUUUUUCAGAAGACUUACAGUGAACACAGCCUCAUAUUUAAAUGUUG